AUGGUGCUAGCAAGUACCAAAGAAUUGUUCAUGGGAAGCCCUUUUCGCCUUGGCGAUAACCCUACUCCGAGUAUGGGGUCUAUAGAGGUUGCUCCUCAUAACACUGUUCAUACAUGGGUGGGUGCUGCUGAUAAGCCACACCAUGAAGACAUGGGAGCAUUCUACACAGCAGCUAGAGACCUCAUUUUCUACGCUCAUCACCUGAACUCGGAUCGAUUGUGGGGGCUAUGGAAGACAUUGGAAGGAAGAAGAAAGGACUAUAGUGAUGAUCCAAAUUGGUUAGAUUCUGAUUUUUACUUCUAUGAUGAGAAUGCCAAUUUUGUUCGUGUUAAGGUAAGAGAUUGCCUUGAUACUAAAAAAUUAGGGUAUGUUUACGAAGAUGUUGAUCUUCCAUGGCUGCGAACGCCACCCACAUCGCCGAAAAGCAAGCUAUUGAGAAAAGCGAAGAAGAGUCCACUUUUGAGUUCAAAGCCAAGCAAAUUUCCUUUGGUUUUGGAUUCCAUAACGAGUACCGUUGUUAAGAGGCCGAAGAAAUUGAGAAGCAAGGAAGAUAAAGAACAAGAGGAGGAGGUUUUGGUGAUAGAAGGGAUUGAGUUUGGAAGUGAUAAAUAUGUAAAGUUUGAUAUUCAUAUUAAUGAUGAUGAAGAUAAUUUGAAUGAACCAGAUCAGACAGAGUUUGUGGGAACUUUUGUUAAUUUGUUCCAUGGACAAGGCCAUAAUAUCAACACUAGUUUUAAGGUAGGGAUAUCGAAAGUGCUCGAGUGUUUAGAAGCUGAAGAAGACAAUGUUGUGCUGGUUACUUUGGUGCCUAAGGUUGGAAAAUGA